CUGCCAAACCAUGCACACAGCAGCCUAUGCUUGCUUUAGUUAAAAAUAACAGUGUUCUGUGAAUGUUGAUGCUUUAAUAACAAAUAUUUGUCGGGAGCGUGUAUGCUGGGAUUUUAUCAAUUACAUAGAGAAAAAAGGUAAUGUAGUAAUGUAACUAAUUGCGAAUUACUUUUGAAGUAAAGUAAUCAGAAUAGUAACACGAUUACUUUGAAAAUGUAAUUAAAUUACUGAUUACUCCUUUUAAGAGUAACUUGCCCAACACUGUAUUUGAAAGAGUUCAGACUUACAUUUCUGUCUGAGACUAGUCUUCAUCCUCGUCUGUGAAACCAGAGCUAGCUGAAGCCAUUAUCUCUCUUUUGAGUCCCUUCCCAGUGUGCUGACUACUGAACUAGAGCUGAUUGAGACACAGCCAGUGAUUUAUCUUGAAUUAUUCUCAUCUUAAACAUGACAUUGUGUGGAUCUCAGCAGGAGUCUUCUGUGUGUUUGGACUCACUGUUAUAAAGAUGGCGUUUAUUAAAGAGGAGAGAGAAGACGUGAAGAUUGAAGAAACAUUGAGAGUCAAACGAGAAGAUACUGAGGAACAAACAGACCUCAUGCCGCUGAAAGAGGAGCACACUUUACCAAAUGAAACGGAAGAGAAUGAACAAAAUGAGACUCAUCAUGAUUUUAAAACCGGAGAAGAAUCUUUCUGUUGGCCACAGAUUAAAGAGACUUUCUCACAGAAGACCGCUCAUAAAACAGGAACUGAAAGUUAUUUUACACCUUUUCACUCUAAAAAGAGUUUCAAGGAACAUGAAAACCUGAAAGUCCACAAUGGAGGGAAGACAUUCCCCUGCCAACAGUGUGGACAAAAAUUUACUCAACAAGGAAACCUUAACAGGCACAUGAGAGUUCACACUGGAGAGAAGCCUCACACCUGCCCUGAGUGUGGAAAGAGUUUCGAUCGUAAUGGAAACCUUAAAGAGCACAUGAGAAUUCACACUGGAGACAAGCCUUACACCUGCCAACAGUGUGGAAAAAGUUUUACUCAACAAGGAAACCUUAACAGGCACAUAAGAGUUCACACUGGAGAGAAGCCUUACACCUGCAAACAGUGUGGAAAGUGUUUCGAUCAUAAUGGAAACCUUAAAGUGCACAUGAGAAUUCACACUGGGGAGAAACCAUAUACCUGCAAACAGUGUGGAAAGUGUUUCGAUCAUAAUGCAAACCUUAAAGUUCACAUGAGAAUUCACACUGGAGAGAAACCAUACUCCUGUAAACAGUGCGGAGUCAGUUUCACUCAUGAUGGAACUCUGUACAGGCACAUGAGAAUUCACACUGGAGGGAAGCCUUUCACCUGUCAACAGUGUGGAGUCAAUUUCACACUUAAAGGAAACCUUAAAUCUCACAUGAAAAUUCACACUGGAAAGAAGCCUUUCACCUGCCAACAGUGUGGAAAAAGUUUCCGUAGAAAAGGAAACCUAAAUGACCACACGAAAAUUCAUACAGGAGAGAGUCCUUUUACCUGCCAACUGUGUGAUAAAAGUUUCAGCCGGAAAGGAAGCCUUAAUAAACACAUGACAAUUCACACAAUAAAAAAACUUUAUACAUGCGCUCAGUGUGGAGAGAGUUUCGAUCUACAUGGAAGCCUUAAAGCCCACAUGAGAGUUCACACUGGAGAGAGUUCCUUCAUCAGCCAACAGUGUGGAAAAUGUUUUAGUAAAAAAUCAAACCGUAACAAGCACAUGAGAAAAUCACAUGGCACAUUUUCUGUCACGGUUCUUGAAUGCACCGAGGAGGUGGUGGAUUUGUCUUAA